CCCGCCGGGCCAGGCUGCCCCCACCGCGAAAUAGCGGCAACCCAAAGCAAAGCAACAAACAAACCCAAGGCAGAGGAGAGCACAGGGAGGCCGCUCGCCCUUCUCUUUCCCACCCUCCGCAACCGCAAAGGUUUUCUUCUCUUCUCUUCUCUCGCCAGCCAGGGAGGAGGUUUCCCGUCCCGCCCUCGACCCCGCCAUGGCGACGUCGUUCGACCGCUGGGAGAAGGACCCCUUCUUCCUCGCCGCCGAGGAGGUCCAGGAGUCUGCCGAUCGGAUGGAAUCGGUGUACAAGAUAUGGGUGCAGGAGAGGAGCGGCGGCGAUUCGGCCCUCGGCGGGGAGGUCGGCGCCGUCGAGCUGCGCCGCGAGCUGCACACCGCGCUCGGCACCGCCAAGUGGCAGCUUGAUGAAUUGGAGCGAGCAAUUAGAUCAAACGACGAGGUUGUCUCGGCAGGAAAGGAUACGAGAGCACUGCAUAGUAACUUUGUUGCGGCGAUUGGCUAUCGCAUAUUAGAAGUUGAGAACAACCUGAAUGCAUCCAAUGUCGCGGAGGGGAGGAGCACACUGAGCUGGAUUCAUUUGGAUGAGAGCGAGCGGGACGACCUCGCGGCUUUCCUAUCUGCAACCCCUCCUCAACAUCAGGAUAAAGUUGUUACAAUCCCGUCUGCUGGCGAUAUUCAGGUGGGCAGCAACCCCACAAGGGUGAGGAAAAAUAUCUCAGCUGACAGCUCCAAUGAUUCAUCUGGCUCUGCAGACUUGAGUUCAGCGAGAGCAAAAGAAGAUGCACAUCGUGGGCACAGGAGGUCAGUCAGUGCCAGUGCUGAUAUUGGAUCGUCGCCUAUGUCAUUUCCAAAUGAACGGGAGGGUGCUGCUGAACAAUCAUCUCUUGGCCCACACAGAGCACCUUUGCUGAAUAUUGUUAAAGCGUGCGGAUUGCCAAGUGCCUUGAAACCUAAGCCUGCAAUUAAGUACAAAAAAGGAGCUGUGAGGUGGGCACAUGCAGACAAACAGGAUCUUGAAGCGGCAAUCCCUCUCACAAAUCCUCAGUUGGGUCAGGGCUUAGAUGGAUACUCUGAAAGAAGCAUCGGUUACUUAAAUACUUGCGAUGGGGUUACAUACAAUAAGAAACUCUAUGGUUGGCUUGGAGCACUGCGUAAGAAACUUCAGAGAUCACAAUAUCAAAUUCGAUAUGGGCGGCCUGCUCAAUUGAUUCUGUUUGCACUUGCUGUUCUCAUAAUAUUUGUGUUUGUAUUCAAGACAAUAUGGUGAGAAAUUUGCAUGGGCUCGUGAUUGGGGUUAGAAAAGCCCCACCAGAUCAGCAUAAACUGCAUGUGGACAGGAGUGACCAUGCACAUAUGGGAAGGUGCGAACCAUGGCAGACUGUUUCUGGUAAUCCGCAUUGAAACAAAUGAAGAAUGAUCAUGGAGCAAUUCACCACGCUACGUCUGUAACUCAGUGGCUUUGCCAUUGGAUAUGCACUGGACGGUGUGUGCGCGCAUGAUGUAUCUCAAGAUAUCAGUUCUCACAGUGACCAGUUGACUUGUGCUUAAUGGUAUGCCCUGAACUUCAAACUAGGGUCAUGCUGCACUAGUGGUCAUGCAGGUCAGGUGCAGCUACCAACAGAAAUGCAACUGGGAGUGCCGACUGGUGAUUGUGCUAUCGCCUAUGGGGCCUUACUUGAGACUUGAGAAGGCUUCCCUUUGGUUAUUUUAUUGAACCUGUGAUAAUUGGUUCCAGAUACAAAUAGAGAUUUGUUCUCAAGUGCUGUAGAAGAGGCUGGAAUAGUUGUACCGGGAUCUGCUUGAACUGUAAUAAUACCUAAACAACAGAGUUAGAGGCUCGGCGAUCCUGUUUGGUCUGUGGCUGAAUUUAUAAUCUGAAGUUCAAAUUUCACAGGUGCUAA